GAGAAACGCAAGUGGAGCAACGUAGUUUUUCUUGUCGGAGGCGAGCACUCAAUUUCAGUCAAGAAGUACAGAAAUGAGGAUUGGAGUCCGAGAGCUUUUAGUCUCCACUAUGUCGACCGCCCAGGCCAGGACGGGUCCUGGGAAUAUGUUUCGCAUAUUGGGGCUGGGCCUGCAGAAUUUUUUUCUUACUAUGGCAAGGUUCGCGACAGCCGAUAUGGGGCCUUUUACCUACCAAAAAAUGGGCCGGGGUCGAGGCAGCUAUCUUCGUCCGAAAUUAAAGAUAUUGCAAUGAGAGUAAGCGAUGUCAUCGUCAAGGUCGGUCCGACCGUUGACGGACCUCAGGUGGUUGCCCAUGUCGCGCUUCCUCGGGAUCCUCAAGAGCAGGGUGGAGGGGCCACUACAGAAUCCGCGGCAUUUCAGAUUUCGGAAGGUUUAGAAGCUAUGCAAAAAGAGGUUACGGACGGGGUAGCGCCGAAGCUACAGACGAUGAUAUUGAACGCGCAAGAGACGACUGAAAGGCGAAAGGGUCACUUGUUGAGGCGGCCAUGGGCUUGGCUUAAUAAACGUAGGAAUAGUCAGAAAAAGGACGAUACCUCUUCCCCGAUGAUCGAAUUGACCCCCAUGAUCUCGUCGUGAAAAUAUUUCGCGGUCGAGCUUGCAGGAUGACUAGAGUUGCAGGCGAAGCUGGUUCCCUUGAAACUACUACUUCAUAGACUGACCGGGGGAAUUGAAGAAACAUAUCGUCCCAUGUCUAUCGAAAAAAGAACUGACAUCAUACUCCUGGAGCUGGAGUGAGGUCAUUCGUUCACUCACUGAGUCUUUGUUUAGCUGCUACAUAGCUUGAGAAGAACGAGCACAACAUGAUUGUGGUGAUGAUUAAUUUUGGCGUUUUGGAUUUUUGGACUUUACUACUAC